AUGGACAUUCCAAAAGGCCAGACUAUUGUCGUUAUCGGUGGAGGAGUGGGUGGCUGUUGCACCGCUCUUGCAUUGGCAAGAACACAACAAUUCCAAAUUUAUCUUUUGGAGAAAAAUGGAGAGUUGAUGAGAGAAAGCAGUGACGCAACUCCGGGACGCAUGGGGCUUGGUUUUCAUUACGCUGACAAGGAGACAGCCCUCUACUAUUUACACGCCACCCUCGAGUUCACCCGAAAGUACGGUCGGUUCCGACAAGAGGUAGGUCGAAAUGAAACGUUACAUCCGCUGCGUCGAGGCAGAUACUUUAUCUUGAAAAGUUCAUUGGUUCCUGUCAAUGAGAUUCUAGAUACUUAUGACGCACUCAAAGAAGAGUACACCACUAUGGUCAGCGAAGACCCCAGUUACGAAGUCUUUGGUCGUCCAGAGGACUUUUACCGAGUUCUAGAACCUUGGGAGUUCGAAGAAGAUGUCGCGACGGAGGAGAUAGAAAUGGGAAUCGAGACUGCAGAGGAGUUCUUGGAUUGGUCAAGGUUGAGGAGAUUUAUCAUAAGUCAGCUGGAACACUUUCAAGACAAGAAAAUGGUUGAAAUUAGAACAAACUCUGAAGUCACUGAGAUUUCAGCGCUCGAGGAUUGUGGCGCUUAUUUAAUAAAAGCCGUAGAUUUGUCAGCUGGCGGCAACGUAGAGAUUUUCGCCGAAGUAACUGUGAACGCCUCGUGGUACAACAUUGGCAAACUCAACAAGAUGCUUGGUAUUUCCGCUUUCACAAGGAAAAGAUGCAACAGAAUCAAAGCAAUUAUAACGGUGCAGCUGCCCGAAGCUCUUGUCCACAUGCCUUCAAUGUUCUUCUGUAUGGGACCCUUCUGCAUGUUUGCUAACAAAGGAAACAGAGUUGGAAUGUUGACUUAUGCACCAGAGACAAACAUGGCCGUGAGUACCUCUGAAGAGCUAGAACCAGAAUUUGAGCAUGUAUUCUUCAAUCUCUCAGACGACGAGAAAUGCGCCAAGGGUCAAAAAAUCUUAGCCGGUGUGUCGAAAUACAUUCCUAAAUUGAAACAAGCCAAAGUGACAAAUGUAAAGCUUGGCAUUAUCCAAACAUUUAUGGACGAAGAUACAAUAGAUUUCGGUUUCAAAGUGGGAAACUUGGAUUUGUUGCACGAUCCACAUGUUGGAGGUAUUUACAAGAGAAAUUACAGUGGAGUGGAGGAACCUCGGCCUGGAUAUAUAAUCAAUGCAUGUAUGAAGCUAUUGUAUUGUUUUGAUAAUGCCGAGAUCGUAAAGGACCUGAUUUUAUCGAAAUCUGCAGAAGGUUCUGGUACUGAAAGCAAUUAA